AUGAUAAACGAAGACUUUCAAAAUGAAAACGAGAUCCACGUUCACAACGAAUAUUUUAUUAAUAUGUGGAAGAGCAACAAGUUAUUUACGGACGAUUACAUAAGGUUAAUCAACAGCCAUUGGUUAGAAUUCAUGCCUCCAAAAUCCUACUUGUACUACGGUUGGGGAAUUUUGUUCGCCAUUGUUAUGAUACUUGGAUGCACAGGAAACGCUCUAGCAAUAUUCAUUAUAUUAAAAUUUAAAUCUUUACAGAAAUCGAUCGAUAUAUUGAUGUUAAACUUGGCCAUUAGUGAUUUAAUUUUACUAGCAAACUCGACUGUGGUUAUAUAUAACAGUUAUUACCAAGGUCCAGCUCUUGGAAAUUUGGGCUGUCAGAUUGAUGGAUUUAUUGGUAGCCUUACCAAAGCCGUGUCCACCAUGACAUUAAACGCCAUAUCGUUGGAUCGAUAUUAUGCUGUAAUACGUCCUUUAAAAUCGCUGGGAAAACAUACCAAACAUAGAGCCAGGAUAUGGAUCGGCAUGAUAUGGAUAUAUGGAUUACUGUUUUCAAUCAUACCGUUAUUAGAUUUUGAUUAUGGAUUCACGCCAACUGGUUUUUUAAUAAGUUGCACUUUUGACUUUUUGUCGGAUGAUAUAAUAGAUAAAUGGAUUAUGGUGAUAUUCUAUAUUAUAAGUGCUUGGUUAUUACCAUUUACCAUUGUAUUCUACUGCUAUAUAAAAAUGUCGAUAGCUGUUUACGCUAACUCUGAAGCAACAAAUAGUAGGAUUGGGCAGAGUUCAACAAAGAAGAAGACCAAAUUUAUUUUUGGGCUCAUGACAAUGAGUGCAAUGGUGCUAAAUGCAAUGACUUUUACACCAAAUGCAAUUGUAGUAAUUCUCGGGGUGUUAGAAAAAAAAGAAUUUAUAACACCGAUUAUAAUGAUGUUAUUGUCGUUAUCUAGCAAUGUAUGUAGUUGUGUAAAUCCGUGGUUAUACAUAAUCCUACCAGAAAGCUCAAGAACUAGGGUCUGA